AUGUCAGAUCCUUGCAUUAUUACGCUAGAUGAGCCAACUUCAGGCCUAGACAGUUAUAACGCAGGAAUAGUAGUCGAUCUACUAUUAAAACAAGCAGCUAAAGGCAGAACAAUUAUUUCCACAAUUCACCAACCAAGUUCCAAUGUUUUCAAAAAAUUCGAUAAAUUAAUGCUUCUUUCUGAAGGAAACGUAGUCUACCAUGGCCCAUGCGACAAAUCAAGAAAAUAUUUUGCAGAGCUCGGAUAUAAAUGUCCAAGACAAGUAAAUCCAGCCGAUUACUAUAUGAGAAUGCUCCAUAUAACAAACAGGCACGAAAUUACAGAAGAGGAGCAAAAUAAGCUAGACUUAUUUACACAAAAUUAUAGAGAAAAUUACGUCAAAGAAACAGAGACAAAAUAUGAGCUUUCUCAGCUACAAGAAAUAGAGAGUUACCACCCAAGUUACUGGGUAGAGUUUUUGGAAUUACUCAAAAGAUCAGCCAAAACAGCAGCGAAAAACAGAUAUGCGCUAAGGCUUAGGUUUUUAAUGGCUUUAGUGAUAGGAGUCCUAUUAGCUAUUAUUUUCAAUGACUUAGGAAAUGGGCAAGAAGCUAUACAAAAUAUCAAUGGGGUUCUUUAUAUGCUUUCUAUAUGGUCAGUGAUGAGUGGGAAUAGCUCGGUUGUAUUGAACUGUAAUGGUUAUUUAGAUCAUAUGGAGAGGGCUGUUAUUUUGAAAGAAAGUGAUGAAGGGCUAUAUGGGGCAUGGUCGUAUUUCUUAGCUAACUCCCCUCGGUGAGCGAAAAAACCAUUAGAAAAAUCCUUAUUUUUUGAAAAAAAAAUUGAUAAAUAAAUGAUAAUUAUGAUAAUUAAAUCUUGAGUUAUUCUGUUUAAAUUUUAAACAGCUUGCAUUUUAAAGCAUAAAUUUAGAAUUUAUUAAAUUUCUAAAAAAAAAAUUAACCCCCUCUGUGAACAAAUUUUUUUUGUCCAGAAAGGAGUAAGAAUAUUGUUGACAUACCUUGAACUUUUAUUGCUGGGAUACUCACUGGAGUUGUAUCAUAUUUCAGCUUGGAUCUCAACCUUUAUGACGGAUCAAAAUUCGUGAUUUUCUGUAAUUUUUAUGCAGAUUUUAUAUAUGUUUUAUCACUUCAAAUGGGUAUGGGCUUUGGCUAUGCAACUGGCUUCAUGUUUUCUACUGUUGAAGCAGCUCAUGCAUUUAGUACAGUAGUUCUCUUCCCUCUCACUGAAUUUGGAGGAGAAAAUGUAUGUUUAAGUUUAAUAAUUUCUCUUGCACUUUCAGUGUCUGCGAAGUCUUCUUUAAUUGAGUUUCAGCUACGAUAACAGCUCUGAACAACGGUAGGUGAACCGGCCAACUGUUAAAAAUACCAAACCCUUUCAGAAUCCUCUAGUCUGUGCCAGCCUCAGCACAAGCCACUUCUCUUCAAGCCAAUAUUCUAAGAAGUUUGACUUUUCUCGCUGAGUUCGUUUAUAAGUCGGCCUAGUGGAAUAGGACUAAGGACUCAUCCCUAACUGCCAUUUUAAAUAUUGUGAGAAAAUGUAAAAAUCGAUUCAAUUCCGCUGGCUUGGAGAUGGGUUACGUAUAUUACUGUAAAAAUUAUUUAGCCUUUUAAAUGGACUUUUCAAGCAUUUACUGUUAACGAGUAUACGGAUUGGGAAAAAGAUUGUGAAACAGAAUGCGAUCCUAUCGGAGACUUGGGAUGGUCUGAUGAGCUAUGGCAAGGCAUCAUUGGUAUACUGGUGAUCAGCGCUUGUGUUAGGCUUAUUUCGUAUUUUAUUUUGAAAUUACAGACCCGAAGUAAAAGUACUUAA